GCCCCUGAAGGCAUCAGUCCCUGUGUGUGAUGAGGAGGUGCUGCAGCUUCAGACGGACUUUAUUCCGUCCCGGGGUUCAGUGAAGGCUGCAGCCGCACAGUGCUGCUGCUGCUGCUGCUGCUGCACAUGAUAACACGGGACAAGUUUCUCCCCCUGAAGGACGCCUCGGAUUAUUCCUGUGUUUUAUUUUAUCUCCUUCAGAGGCAGCAGAGGAGACACCUGAGAAACUUUGACAAGGAGAAACUAACAUGUGCCUGAAGGCUGUUUUCAUGUUGCUGAGGGAAUAAACGUCAAGUGGAUUUUACGCACCGCGCACAGACUUUAAACACUGAUAUAUGAUUUUUGUUUUGCUUUUUUUUUUAUUUUUAGCUUUUAGUCUUUUCUUCAAGGAGCGUGAUGCGACUUUUAGAGGCGUUUGCAGCCCGUCGGGAACAAGCAGGGCUGGUGAAAAUGUUACAAGGUCGUUAAAUUUAUUGGAACGUGACCACCGGAGAUUAACUUUCUCCGUGAUGAUUGCGGAGCUCUGGUGAAUGAUUGACAGCAGAGACUCGGCCUGACGCUCUGUGGACUAACUGGAUCCACCUACAGGAGUUUAACUGGUUUAGUUUUAAUCAUUAAGAGGCUGGAAGGAGCAGAAUGAACCUCUGGACCUGAUGCAUGCAGCAGGAGAACAAAGUUUUUAAGGUUUCCGAGAUGAAGUCAUAAAUUAAAGAAGAUGUUUCACCCUCUUUAAUUUUAUUUUUAUUGUUUUAAUGACUCUAAUGUUUCUAAAACAUUUGAUUUUCUAUAUGGCAUCUUUGGUGAGGCACGCGCCCUGCAGCCCGCGGCCCCUCGUGCUGCUGCUGCUGCUGUUCCGGUGUCCGGGUCUCACGUCAGGAGCCUCCAAGGACCUGGUGUGUGAGCCCAUAACUGUGCCCAUGUGCAGGGGCAUCGGCUACAACCUGACCUACAUGCCCAAUCAGUUCAACCACGACACCCAGGAAGAGGUGGGGCUGGAGGUGCACCAGUUCUGGCCCCUGGUCCGGAUCCGCUGCUCACCAGACCUGCUCUUCUUCUUGUGCAGCAUGUACACCCCCAUCUGCCUGCCGGACUACCGCAAGCCUCUGCCGCCCUGCAGGUCCGUGUGUGAACGGGCCAAGCGAGGCUGCUCCCCUCUGAUGAGCCAGUAUGGCUUCGAGUGGCCCGAGAGGAUGAGCUGCGAACAGCUGCCACAGCUGGGCGACGAGGUCUUGUGCAUGGACCAGAACAGCAGUGAGACUACCACCCUGGCUCCGCCUUUCCCCAAGCCCACCCCUAAAGGCCGGACCAGACCGCCAAGCCCUCCGCAGUGUGACAGGGAGUGUCGCUGUCGAGACCCCCUGGUCCCCAUCAAGAGGGAGUCCCACACCCUGUACGGCCAGGUCCAGACCGGCCCCCUACCCAACUGCGCCCAGCCCUGCCACCAACCCUACUUCUCAGCAGACGAACGCGCCUUCACCAGCUUCUGGGUGGGACUCUGGUCGGUGCUGUGCUUCAUCUCCACCUUCACCACCGUUGCCACCUUCCUCAUUGACAUGGAGCGCUUCAAGUACCCAGAGAGGCCCAUCAUCUUCCUGGCUGCGUGCUACCUCUUUGUGUCUUUGGGUUACAUCAUCCGCCUGGUGGCAGGUCAUGAGCGGGUGGCGUGUGGUGCCAGCGGCAGUGUCGGUGGCGACCAGCUGCACAUCCUCUACGACACCACAGGCCCCGCUCUCUGCACCCUCGUCUUCUUGUUGGUGUAUUUCUUCGGCAUGGCCAGCUCCAUCUGGUGGGUGGUGCUGUCCUUCACCUGGUUCCUGGCUGCAGGGAUGAAGUGGGGCAGCGAGGCCAUUGCAGGAUACUCGCAGUACUUCCACCUCGCCGCCUGGCUCAUCCCCAGCGUCAAGUCCAUUGUCGUCCUGGCGCUCAGCUCUGUGGACGGGGACCCUGUGGCUGGAAUCUGCUAUGUUGGGAACCAGAGUCUGGAGAACCUGAGGGGAUUCGUACUCGCACCUUUGGUGGUUUACCUCUUCACUGGCUCACUCUUCUUACUCGCUGGUUUCGUUUCCCUCUUCCGCAUCAGGAGCAUCAUCAAGCAGGGCGGCACCAAGACGGACAAACUGGAGAGGCUGAUGAUCCGCAUCGGGCUCUUCACGGUGCUCUACACCGUCCCCGCCACCAUCGUGGUGGCCUGCCUGGUCUACGAGCAGCACUACCGGCCCGGCUGGGAGCGAGCGUUAGCCUGCACCUGCCCAUCCGAGCGCCAGCGCCUGGGCCCGGACUACGCCGUCUUCAUGCUCAAGUACUUCAUGUGCUUAGUUGUGGGCAUCACCUCAGGAGUUUGGAUUUGGUCAGGGAAAACUCUGGAGUCCUGGAGGAAGUUUGUGGGGCGAUGCUGCCCCUGCUGGCCGCAGAAGGCCACCGCUCCUCCCUCCAUGUACAGUGAGGCCAGUAGUGCUUUAACUGGACAUACUGGGACUGGGCUGACAUCAGGGAUCUACCACAAAGCUGCUCCGUCACAUAUAUGAACAGAGUAAGGAGGUGUGAUGUUCGAACAGUCUGGACACUCGUAAAUAAAUUGUCCAAACAGAAACUGAGUGUGGACGAACAUCUGUGUGCUCUGAAUUUCAGCUCUCACAAAAACUAGAUGAAGAUUCAGAGUGUAAAAAGGGAAAAAUAAAAAGGUAAUAGGAAUUUAAACGACAGAAAAUCCAACACAGCAUAUUUAAGAGUCUGACUUUUCCAACUCCAACAGUUGCUUUUCUACGAGGUCGAGCGGACGAGAAAACAACCUUUAAAAAAAACAGUUACACACAUGCUUCUUCCUACCUGCUUCUCCUGAGCACUGAGAGACAAACAUAUUUAUUAAUGUACAUAUUGUAUAAAUGUGCUGUAAAGAAAAUUAGGUGUAUAGUGUGAUAUGUUUAGUUUGUAACCAACCAAUGCCACUGCCACAAGCUAAGUUCAAGACACCAGAGAAACAAAUCUGGUCUGAUUUGAAACUGUAUAAACGUGUACAUAGAUGUGCUGUUUGAUGUCAGUGUUUGAAUGUGAUGUCUGGUGUGCGAUUUCAAAGUGAAACUGUGCUGAGAGGGAUCCAAACAAAAAAGGAAUUCAGUCUUUAUGCUGAUACUGUUCUGACCUGUGAGCUCCGUUACAGGUUUCUACUUUAAGUUUGUUUCUGAGCGUGUUCUGUUCAUGAUGUGUGAACUAAGCAGCUCUGAUUAGGUUAAAGCCGCAGGAUGGAUCUGAGCCUGGCCUUUACCCCCAUCUGCUGGCUGAUGGUGGAGCUGCUCACUGUGUGUUCCCACAUCAUGAACUCCCUUCGACUAGAUCCAUAUUAGACCACAGACCCUCAGUCAGAUAAGAUUUUUUCAGACAAAAAAGGCUACGAAUUACUGAAAAAUAAUGGUUAAAGUCAUAUUUACUGUUAGAAUAAUUAUUUGUCCUCAAUUAUUUAUGAUUAUUAUGAUUUCUGUUGGGGUCAUAGACUGAUAGAUAUUUCAAAUAAUAACUCGAUUAAUUGAUUAGAUGAUUCAGUUUUGACAACCAGCUAAUAAUUAAAGUAAUUUAAAACAGAAAUGCCAAAAAAUAAGCAGUGUCAGUUUUAAAAAUAUUACAUUUUUCUGCUUUUCUCAGUUUUAUAAACAUUAUAAACUAAAUUUUAGCUGCUGAUUGGAGAAAACAGACACUUUGCAGACAUCUCAUUGGUGACAGGCAUUUUUCAACAAUCAAGAUAAAAAUCAGUAGCUUAAUUAAUCAUGAAAAUUAUCAUUAGUUGCUGCCCUGUUUAUUGUAAAAGUGUGGUGAGAGUCUAGAUAUUUUUUGUGGCAACAUCACUUUGUCACAUUGAUGCGAAGUAUUGAUAUUUUAUUAUAUAAAUUAUUAAAAUUACAAAUACAAAUGAAACGUUUGGUAGCCUACUAGAAUAAUAUUUUUUUCAGUCUUCUAGAUACAUUUUGCUGCAAUAAAAAUGGCUGCAGUCGGAUGAACUGACUGAAAGUUUAAUCUUAUUGGAUAAAACAUGAUGACAAAGUUUUCCUUUGGGGACAUACAGUAAUUUACAGUUGAAAAAAGGUAAUAAAUUGCAAUAUAUUUCAAUAUAUUUUAUCGUGAUGCUCAGCAUAUCGCAACACCUGUCAAAUCGCAAUAACAUCAUUUUAAGUAUCGUAAUAAUAUUGUAUCGUGGGGCCUCUGGUGUUUCCCACCCCCGAGAGAGUUAUACAUAUUAUUUUUAAAUAUUUCGUUGUCUUUAUGCAUUUUUUUUAUUUAAACUUCAGUUAAACUAGAUUUAAUUAAUCCUUAAUUAGGUAUAAACAGUGCUGAAAUAUAUGUGAUAAUCAAAUUUAUAGAAGAAAAACAAAAUGUUUGUUUGCUCUGCCUUAUAAAAUAUGCGAACUUAUGCUUUUAGAUGAUCUUUAAAAAAUUGUAAAUUUAAUAUUUUCAAGGUUUUAGGCUGUUACUUGGACAAAUUAAGCUCCUUUAAUAGUCCAAUUUAUUAAGUGUCAAUUCAAUUUUACUUAUAAAGCUCAAUAUCACAAAUCACAAUGUGCCUCAGGGGGCUUUUCAGCAUGUGACAUCCCUCUGUCCUCGGACCCUCACAGCAGAUAAGACUUUAAGUAUUUGUUAUAUUUUUUACUAUUAAUAGCAUAAACCAGCACUUUCAGACUUUUGGAAGAUGCUACUUUUCUUUAAUCACUGUAUUCUCACUAUUUAUGAGUAACUAGUAAGUAAAUCUGUGCAGAGAUGAAUAAAACAUGAGUUCUGUAGGGCAAAAUCUUAUCAGCAUGGAUCUGUGGUCUAAUGUGGAUCAUCUGUUUUUAGAGGCCUUCACAACAAACACUGAAGGACCCUCCCUGUCUCCUUAUAGAUCUCACUCGAGUACAAACUGUCUUAAUGUAGCCUGAAACUUAAAGACAUAAAACUACAACGAUCUAUCUUGCAUAGUUCUGUGCAAAAUGUCACAUUACAGGACAGGCUGUGGAUUAAAUGACAGAUUCGGUGAAAGUGAAUUAUUUGUCCUCUGCUGUGAUGGUCUGUGAUAUUUUCAUUCAGUGCUGUUUGGCCAGCUGUUGUUGUUUAGACUACUGUGUUACCACACGCUAGGCGAUAUCUCUAAUUUAUUAGCUUGAUUUGUGUGAGUGAAUGUGAUCGUGUGAGUGAUGAUGAACUCCAGUAAGUGUUGGUUUAAACGGACAUUUAGGCUUGUUUAAGUGUAAAUCUGCUUUCAUAUUGAUAAGAGUUCCUAAAAGGAUAUUAAAAAAUAUUGUAGAUUUUGAUUCAUAUUGUGGAAUUAAAACUGAGUUGACCUCAACUUUGGU